GUAGGUGUGCUCAGCGACAAUGCUGCAGGGAUGUACCCCACCUCGAUCAUAUACUCCGACGCCAACGUCGAGCAGAUGGCCUCGCUCUCGCCCAACCAACUGCACCGCAGCAUCGACCUUGCGGUCCUCGACGCCGACAGCAAGGGCACAAUCAAAGCCUACAUCGUGCUCCCGUCGACGAUCUGGGGCCUCGCGUCCGGCCCACUCAUUGACGCGCACAUCGCGAAUCCGCAUUCGCAGCAGAUCCCGAUGCUCAUCAAAGCGAGCCUUGCGCGUGCCCAGGCAGGCAUGGUCGGCGAGGGCAAGAACUUGUGGCCGAACGUCAACAUCGACGAAGUGGCGGACCUUUUUGGGCUUGUGUUCAGCGCGGUGCGCGCUGGGCGGCCGAUUGGGCAUGGCACGGACGGGUACUAUAUCGGCGAGAAUGGCGAGCACAUGCUGUACGAUGUGAGCCGCGCGAUCGGCGAGGCGCUGGUUGCGCUCGGCAAGGCGAGCACAGACAAGGUGACGACGUUCUCGCCGGAGGAGCUGGAUAAGUACUUUGGCGGGUCGGACUAUCUGAGCACGAAUGUGCGCUGUCGCGCGGAGCAUUCGCGCGCAAUCGGAUGGAAGCCGGUGAAGACGACGAGACACAUGCUCGCGAGUGUGAAGCCUGAGAUCGAAGCUAUCCUGCAGCGGCCGGAGGAGCUCAAGGUAUAA